UUUCUCAAUCUAAAGCCUUUUUUCAUAACUCAUUGAAAACUGUUUCUGUAAUAGAGGUCAUACAUAGUCUUUCCUGAGAAAAUUUCAUAACCGUUUUUUAUCUGGAGAUCAAAUGAAAGAUAUUUAAGCCAGCUCAGUUAACUAAUUAUUGCUCUUUUGAGUCAAUUAUUAACCUGAAUUUAACAUCCCUUGCACACAUGCAAAUAUAUGUGUCCACUGCAGUAGGUCUUGUGCCUUUACGUUUUAACCAGCUCUAUUAGAAAAGCUUACAGUCAUAGCGACAGGAUUGCUCUGGACUGUGAUUUUCCCAUGGCUCCUGCAUCCUUUUCGGCCUCCAUUUUUCUCUGUCUGCUUCUGGCCACUGGUAUGGCCCAGGCAGGCAGGCUGCUGGUGGUGCCCAUGGAUGGGAGCCACUGGUUCACCAUGCAAAUGGUUGUGGAGAAACUCAUUCACAGAGGUCAUGAGGUGGUGGUAGUCAUCCCAGAGGUGAGUUGGCAGCUGGGGAAAUCACUGAAUUGUACAGUGAAGACCUACUCNGUUUCUCACACUCUGGAGGACCUGGACGGAGCGUUCAAGUAUUUUUCUUACACUCAAUGGAAAACUCCAGAACAAAGUACACGUUCUUUCUGGACAGGCUCAGCCAGAGGUUUCUUUGAACUAAUAUUUUCACACUGUAGGGGUUUGUUUAAUGACAAGAAGUUAGUGGAAUAUUUGAAGCAGAGUUCUUUUGAUGCUGUGUUGCUGGAUCCUUUCGAUGUGUGUGGAUUAACUAUUGCCAAAUAUCUGUCGCUCCCAUCAGUGAUCUUUGCAACAGGUGUAUUUUGUGACUCUCUUGAAGUGGGUGCCCAGUGCCCANGUCUUCCUUCCUAUGUUCCUAGACUUUUCUCGAAAUACACAGACACCAUGACUUUCAUGGAGAGAGUAUGGAACCAUCUUAUCUACAUUGAAGAGUACGCAUUUUGCUCCUAUUUUUUAAGAACUGCUGUUGAUGUUGCCUCUGAAAUUCUCCAGACCCGGGUGACCAUGAGAGAUCUCUUUAGCCCAGCAUCUAUUUGGUUGUUACGCACAGACUUUGUGUUGAAUUUCCCUAGGCCUGUGAUGCCUAACAUGAUCUUUGUUGGUGGGAUCAACUGCCUCCAGAAGAAGUUACUUUCCAAGGUAUGUUAUAUAUGCUUUAGCANGUGAAGAUAGCUCU